AUGUCAGCUAAAGAAGUCACCACUCCCAGCUGCCAAGCAACAGAAACUUUCCACAAUCAUUGUGGCCACAUUAUCACCACCUUCACCCAUCACUCAGACCUCUGCGUACGGAACCAGGACAGCCGACCCACCACCUCCGACUCCGCAAUCUCAAAUGCUAGCUCACAGCUUCGACGCUCAGCCAGCUCCGCGUUUAAAGGCAUGGGACAGACUUUGGGAAAAUUGACUCGACGAUUAACUCUUCGAUCCUCUCAACAACAGCAGGCUCAAACCACUUCUCACGAAUUCACUUUCACAUCUCGAGUCUCCUGUCCUCAAGUUCUUUUUCAACCCCUCUUCCAACCCUAUCCCUGUCCACCUUGCGCAAAGGUCAUGGGAAUGGGUCCUGGAGACUUGAAUAAGAUUUUUGCUGGACCCGAGGAAGAGCUGUGGCAACAAAGGAAGAAGAUUCUCAACCGAAGGCGGAUGAAUGGGCUGCGAAGAUGGGAGAAUGGGAACGUGGGGUUAGAGUUCCGAGGAAAGAUGGAGAUUCAUAAGUAA